AUGUGCUUGCGUGCUUCUGCAUGUUUCCAGCCAAGGAAUCCCGAAUUCUUGUCGGUCGGCAAAUGUCCGGGUUCCACCGGGAACAAGGAUUCCAGCCAGCACUGUGUCUUUCGUUACUGCACCGGAACUAGAGCAUUCAGGACUCUUUGCUUGAAGCAUGUCUCCAAGCGAUUCGUUCUGUUCCCUUCUACAGGGAUGCGCGUUGAUGCACUUCCGCAGAAUUGCGCCCAAUCAGAAAAACGGCGGCGCACUGACGAGCAUGAUGUGGCGAGAUGGCUGUUAAACAUGUCAGUUUUGUUAGAGAAUGUCAGUGUUGUGAGAAGAAUCAACAUGUCAGGGGGGAAAUCAACACCCGUCUGA